AUGGUUUGGAUGGAGAAGAAGUUAGGGAAGGAGAAGAAGUUAGGGAAAGAGAGGAAGUUAAAGAAGGAGAAGAAGUUAAGGAUGGAGAAGAAAUCAAGGAGGAAGAAGAAUCUAAGGAAGGAGAAGAAGUUAUGGAUGGAGUUGAAGGAAGGAGAAGAAGUUAGGGAGGAAGAAGAAGAAGAAGUUUUGGAUGGAGAAGAAGUCAAGGAUAAAGAAGAAAUUAUGGAUGGGGAAGAAGUUAAGGAGGGAGAGAUGAUUAUCAUGGAUGGAGAAGAAGUCAAGGAAGGAGAAGAAGUCACGGACGGAGAAGAUGUUAUGGAAGGAGAAGAUGGUUUGGAUGGAGAAGAAGUUAGGGAAGGAGAAGAAGUUAGGGAAAGAGAGGAAGUUAAAGAAGGAGAAGAAGUUAAGGAUGGAGAAGAAGUUUGGGAUGGAGAAGAAGUUAGGGAAGGAGAAGAAGUUAGGGAAAGAGAGGAAGUUAAAGAAGGAGAAGAAGUUAAGGAUGGAGAAGAAGUUUGGGAUGGAGAACAAGUUUGGAAUGGAGAAGAAAUCAAGGAGUGUCGCCGCCUCCCUAAAAAGGGGCGCGUUAAGGAAGGAGAAGAAGAAGUUAAGGAUGGAGAAGAAGUUAGGGAAGGGGAAGAAGUUAAGGAUGGGGAAAUAGUUUGGGAUGGGGAAGAAGUGAAGGAAGGAGAAGAAGUUAGGGAGGAAGAAGAAGAAGAAGUUUUGGAUGGACAAGAAGUCAAGGAUAAAGAAGAAAUUAUGGAUGGGGAAGAAGUUAAGGAGGGAGAGAUGAUUAUCAUGGAUGGAGAAGAAGUCAAGGAAGGAGAAGAAGUCACGGAUAGAGAAGAUGUGAUGGAAGGAGAAGAUGGUUUGGAUGGAGAAGAAGUUAGGGAAUAA